GUCUCUUCUAACACUUAAGUCUUAGGCGGAUGAAUAAAACAGUCUCUUCCUUUUGAAUCUCACAGAUCUAUCUACUAUCGCCAUUCUUGCUUCUUCCCUCCUCCAUUGACUAAGGGUGUUUUUUAUGGGUGGUUUGUGAAAUUGUUUUGAGGAUAUAAAGAUUUCAAUUUUGUUUGAAAAUGGAAACUGAGGAUGUGCUUGACAUACCAGCUUCAAGCAAUUUUGGCUCUGAAGUAAAGAAAAAUAGCCUUGAAUCUGGGAAUGGGUCACCUGAGGCUAAUUCUUUAGUUGGUAAUGAUGAGAAUGUGAAAGGAAAUUUAGAUUUGGAUUUAACAGAAGAGAAUUUGAGAAUUGUCGGUGGCCAAGAGUCUGGGGAAAUACUAACAGAGCAGGUUAGUGAUGUGUUCAAUGCGAGUGUGGAAAGUGUGGCGGUAGAUGAGAAAUUGGGUAUCCAAAAGGAGACACUAGUUCACAGCACCACUUUGGAUGUUAGUUGUAUCCUUUCUUUUGCUCUACUAUAUUGAAGGUUGCUUGCUUUCCCUGACCUUUUUUUUGUGAUAACUGAUAAGACAUGGCACUUGAUCUGUUUCUGUAAUUAUUUGCUGCUCAGACUUGAUGUCUAUCAUUAUGUUAUCUUCUGAUACGAGACUAUGGUUAGGUUGAUUAGGUCACGGUUAGGACGGUUUAAUUAAUUAGUUUUGGUGUUAUGAGUUUCUUUCAAUCAUGGGUUUUGGAAGUCUUACUUUUAGCAUUAGGUUUGAUGUUACUUUUUACACAAUGUAUUGUGGCCUAAUUCUCUAAGAGAGAGUUGGGUUGAAGGGAAGCUUUUGCUUAAAUCAUUCUUAUCUUUUACGUUUAUAUAAGGUUCAUAUCAUCUUCUUCUGUUUUUUUCCGUAAUUCCUUAUGUCAGCUAAAGCGGGUGUUAAAAGACCCCGAACAUCGUAUGACGAACAGCAGCCUACAGUCCAUGUUACUUAUAAGCACUUAACGAGAGCUAGUAAGCAGAAGCUGGAAAGUUUAUUACAGAAAUGGUCAGAAUGGGAGGCUGAAAAUACGUCCUUGGCUCAGGAUCAAGAACAACUAUUCGAAUCUGGUGAAGAGACAUGUUUCCCCGCCAUACGUGUUGGAUUGCAGAAGACUUCGUCUGUGUCAUUCUGGAUCGACAACCAAACUGGUCAUAAGCCGUUGGAAGAUUUUGUUCUAGUGGAAAGUAGCACCACUCCUCUUUAUGACCGUAAAUUUGCUAUAGGUUUAAAUUCAGCAGAUGGCUCAAGAAACGUGGAAGGGGGAUUGGAGAUUAUUGAUGAUGAUCCUCCACGUUGCUUCAAUUGUGGUGGCUAUAGUCAUUCUCUAAGAGAAUGUCCAAGGCCUUUUGAUCGAUCAGCGGUUAAUAGUGCUCGGAAGCUUCAGAAAUCUAAACGAAAUCAGAAUAGUAGUGGGCCCCGUCUACCAUCAAGAUAUUAUCAAAAAACUCAAACUGGAAAGUAUGAUGGCUUGAAACCCGGCACACUUGAUGCAGAGACUCGUCAGCUUCUGAAUCUGGGGGAACUAGACCCUCCUCCGUGGCUAAACAGAAUGCGAGAAAUUGGGUACCCACCAGGAUACUUAGCUCCAGAAGAUGAUCAUUUGUCUGGAAUAACUAUAUUCGGAGAAGAGGUGGAGACUCGGGAGGAGAUAGAGAGUGAGGAUGGGGAAAUUUUGGAAAAAGCAAACCAUCCUCCAGAGCCACAAAUGAAAAAGACCGUCGAGUUUCCGGGAAUUAACGCUCCCUUCCCAGAAAACGCAGAUGAGUGGCUUUGGGAAGCUGCACCUUCACAUAGGAACAGCAGCAGAAGCGGCCGAUGGCAACAACAAAAAACAAGCAGAGGACAUGAUUACAGAGACGAUGGUCCGCUCGGCGUUGAACCAUCAAGUUAUCCUCCAAGGUAUGGCAGUAGAUAUGAUUACGGGUAUGGUUCAAACGAAUAUGGUUCUAGGUCAAGAAGUCCAGGCAUAGAUAGAUCUUUAUCCGAAAGAAGUAAGAGGGAUUAUUCUUCUUACGAUGCUGACUUCCGGGAGAGAGAUAGAGAUAGAGACAGGAACAGGGAUAGGGAUAGAGACAGAGACUGGGAUAGGGACAGGGACAGAGACUGCGAUAGAGACAGGGACAGGGACGAUCGUGAUUGGUCUUAUAGAUUAAGCAGCAGGAGAUAA